AUGCUGGUCGAUGGCACGGCGGAACCACACAAGGCGGCAACCAACCGGGUUAGGGCUCGAGCGGGCACGCAGCCAACCUCCUCCCUCCCUCUGCGAUUUUAUCUCACCAGCGUCAACGACCUACUCCGCCAUACCUCUCUCCUUCAUCGUCUCACUCCCAUCAUGGCUGAGCAGCUGGUUCUUCGCGGCACCCUCGAGGGCCACAAUGGCUGGGUUACCUCCCUCGCCACCUCUCUGGAGAACCCUAACAUGCUGCUGUCGGGCUCUCGCGACAAGACCCUGAUCAUCUGGAACCUUACCCGCGAUGAGCAGGCUUACGGCUACCCCAAGCGCAGCCUGGAGGGCCACUCUCACAUCGUCUCCGACUGUGUGAUCUCCUCCGACGGUGCUUACGCUCUGUCUGCCUCCUGGGACAAGUCCCUCCGUCUGUGGGAGCUCGCCACUGGCAACACCACCCGCACUUUCGUCGGCCACACCAACGACGUUCUGUCCGUCUCUUUCUCCGCCGACAACCGUCAGAUCGUCUCCGGUUCCCGUGACCGCACCAUCAAGCUGUGGAACACCCUCGGUGACUGCAAGUUCACCAUCACCGACAAGGGCCACACCGAGUGGGUUUCCUGCGUUCGCUUCAGCCCCAACCCCCAGAACCCCGUCAUCGUCUCCGCUGGUUGGGACAAGCUCGUCAAGGUCUGGGAGCUCGCUUCCUGCCGCCUGCAGACCGACCACAUCGGCCACACCGGUUACAUCAACACCGUUACCAUCUCCCCCGAUGGAUCCCUCUGCGCCUCCGGUGGCAAGGACGGUACCACCAUGCUGUGGGACCUCAACGAGUCCAAGCACCUCUACUCCCUCCACGCUGGUGACGAGAUCCACGCCCUUGUCUUCUCCCCCAACCGCUACUGGCUGUGCGCUGCCACCAGCAGCUCCAUCACCAUCUUCGACCUCGAGAAGAAGAGCAAGGUUGAUGAGCUCAAGCCUGAGUACGUUGAGAAGGGCAAGAAGAGCCGUGACCCCGAGUGUAUCUCCCUCGCCUGGUCCGCUGAUGGCCAGACUCUGUUCGCUGGUUACACCGACAACAAGAUCCGUGCCUGGGGUGUUAUGUCGCGGGCGUAA